AUGUCUCUUUGGAGUAUUGCACCACUGAACGGUCCGGUCACUGGCCCUCUCAUCGGCGGUUUCGUCUACCAGUAUCUUGGCUGGCGAUGGGACAACUGGCUGGUUAUGAUCAUCGCCGGUGUUUCUAUUUUCCUGUUAGCGACCGUGAAGGAGACGUACGCCCCAACGAUAUUACAGCGGAUGGCGGCUAAGCGGAGAAAGGAGACUGAUGAUGAUCGGUGGUGGUGCAGCUACGAUCAGAAGGUGUCGACGCUGAAUCUGCUAAAGAUCAACCUGAGCCGCCCCUUCAUAUUGAGCUUCACGGAGCCGAUCUUGUGGUUCUUCAACAUCUGGAUUUCCUUGAUCUAUGGCAUCUUGUAUCUCUGCUUCGUUGCAUAUCCGAUCGUCUUCUCUCAGCACAGAGGGUGGGGGCCAGGCAUUUCGGGUCUCGCUUUCGUGGGCAUUGGAAUUGGAACCAUGCUCGCUAUAUUCGCUGAGCCCCUUCUGCGACGACUGAUCAACUCGCAUCCCAAAGACCCAGCAACCGGGCGUGUGCGACCAGAAGCGUCAGCCAGUGUUAUGAGCAUCGGCGCUGUUCUGACUCCCAUCGGCCAGCUCGUCUUCUCCUGGACGUGCCUCCCGACGACCAUUCACUGGUCGAUUCCCAUCAUUUUUGGCAUCCCAUUUGGCGCUGGGAAUACAUUGUCCUUCAUCUACGGCUCAAACUAUCUGGCAGGAGCCUAUGGAUACUAUGCGGCGUCUGCACUUGCCGGUAACGCUGUCAUGAGAUCCUUCUUCGGCGGGACCUUGCCGCUGGCCGGACCGAGCAUGUAUGCGAAGUUGACGCCCCAGUGGGCAGGCACACUGCUUGGCCUGUUGGAGGUCUGCCUCGUGCCCAUUCCCUUCGUCUUUUACCGAUAUGGUGAGAAGAUCCGGUCGAAGAGCAGGGUGAUUCGCCAAAUGCGAGCAGAGCAGGAGAAGAACGACAAGAAGAGAGCGAAAGCACAGGCCAGGGCGCAGAAGGAACAAGAAAGGGAGGCUGCGGCUCAAGCUGCCAAUGGCGAUGGUUUCUUCGACCACGAGGUUGAAGGAGGGCCAUCGGGAACAGACGAGGAGAAGACAAUGGUGGAGAGGGACGUAGAGAAGGAGGCCGGCGAGACCUCGGCCCGCUCUGCGGAUGUUAAAAAGGAUGAGACGUCCGUCUGA